GUGGAUCCAUGAGCAGGCGAACCUUCCAAACAAGCUCCUCCAGAAGGGGACGCCGAUGGUUCCCGAUGACGAGGCCAGUACCGAGGAGGGCAGCUCUUCGACGGAAGAAGGUCAAGUGGCGACCGGCGAGGCAGACGGCACGGCUAGCCCCGAGUCCCCACCGGUGUCCUUCGAGGACACCUUGCUCAUUUUCGACUGGGAUGAUACAGUUCUUCCCUCUUCGUGG